UUGUAAUGGAGGAGUACAUUAAGGAGAAUUAUGGAGAAGUGAAACCGAAGAAUUCAUCUGAGGAAGCACUUCAGAGAUGGAGGAAACUGAAUUGGCUCGUCAAAAAUCGCAAGCGUAGGUUUAGAUUUACAGCGAACUUAUCCAAGCGAGUUGAAGCUCGCGCUAUACAGCGAUCCAAUCAGGAAAAACUAAGAGUCGCUGUUCUGGUUUCACAAGCUGCACUUAGCUUUAUUCAAGGAGUAAGUUACACUGUCCCAAAGGAAGUGAAAGAUGCCGGGUUUCAAAUAUGUGGUGAUGAACUGGGUUCAAUAGUCGAGGGCCACAAUUUGAGGAAGCUGAAAGUUCAUGGUGGGGUUGAGGGUAUUGCAAAAGAGCUAUCAACAUGUACCACCAAUGGUAUUCGUACUUCUGCUGAUUUGCUUAGUCGACGGAAAGAAAUUUAUGGAAUCAAUAAGUUUAUUGAGAACCCACCAAGGGGAUUUUGGAUUUUUGUAUGGGAAGCUCUUCAAGAUACAACCCUCAUGAUACUUGCUGUUUGUGCUUUUGUAUCUUUGGUUGUUGGCAUAAUGACCGAAGGAUGGCCAAAGGGUGCACAUGAUGGACUUGGUAUUGUUGCAAGUAUCCUGCUGGUUGUAUUUGUUACUGCUACAAGUGACUAUAGACAGUCUUUACAGUUUAAGGAUUUAGAUAAAGAGAAGAAAAAGAUUGCAGUUCAGGUCACUAGAAAUGGCUACAGGCAAAAAUUAUCAAUAUAUGAUUUACUUCCUGGUGAUAUUGUUCAUCUUGCUAUUGGGGAUCAGGUACCAGCUGAUGGACUCUUCCUUUCUGGAUUUUCUUUGUUGAUAGAUGAAUCAAGUUUAACAGGAGAGAGUGAACCCGUUAACGUGACUGCUGAAAAUCCCUUUCUCCUCUCUGGAACCAAAGUUCGUGAUGGCUCGUGUAAAAUGCUUAUCACUACUGUGGGGAUGAGAACGCAGUGGGGUAAACUUAUGGCUACUCUUAGUGAAGGAGGAGAUGAUGAGACCCCAUUGCAGGUUAAACUGAAUGGAGUGGCAACUAUUAUUGGUAAAAUAGGUCUGUUUUUUGCUGUCAUCACAUUUGCUGUCUUGGUGCAAGGCUUAUAUAGCCGCAAACUAGGGGAAGGGUCCCACUGGAGCUGGUCUAUGGAUGAUGCCCAAGGAAUGCUGGAAUACUUUGCUAUCGCAGUUACAAUUGUUGUGGUUGCUGUUCCUGAGGGACUUCCUUUGGCUGUGACAUUGAGUCUGGCAUUUGCAAUGAAGAAAAUGAUGAAUGAUAAGGCACUUGUACGCCAUUUGGCUGCUUGUGAGACUAUGGGUUCUGCAACUACCAUCUGUAGUGACAAGACUGGGACACUAACGACUAAUCAUAUGACAGUUGUAAAAGCAUGCAUCGGCAGUAAAAUCAUAGAAACUGAAAGCUCUAAGGAUGGUUCUUGUUUCUACUCUGAAGUUUCUAAUUCUGUAUUGAGAAUACUAAUCCAGUCUAUAUUCAAUAAUACUGGGGGAGAAAUAGUUAAGAAUGAAGAUGGAAAAAUUGAAAUCCUGGGAACACCGACUGAAACUGCUCUUUUGGAGUUUGGUCUUUUGCUUGGAGGGAAUUUCCAGGAAGUGUGUCAAUCAUCUAAACUUGUUAAGGUUGAGCCGUUCAAUUCAACGAAGAAGAGAAUGGGUGUAGUUAUAGAACUUCCUGGAAAAGGUCUCCGUGCACACUGUAAAGGAGCAUCUGAAAUAAUUUUAGCUUCAUGUGACAGCGUCCUAAACUCUAGUGGCGAGAUUGUUCCCCUAGAUGAAGCUUCAAUUAACCAUCUGAAAGAUACGAUUGACCUAUUUGCUAAUGAAGCUCUUCGAACUUUGUGUCUUGCCUACAAGGACAUCAGUGAUGAGUACCCUGCUCAAGAUCCUAUCCCCUUUGAGGGAUAUACCUGCAUAGGAAUUGUAGGCAUUAAAGAUCCCGUUCGUCCUGGUGUCAAGGAGUCUGUCGCAAUUUGUAGGUCAGCUGGAAUCACUGUGAGAAUGGUCACUGGUGACAACAUAAAUACUGCUAAGGCAAUUGCUAGAGAAUGUGGAAUUCUGACUGAUGAUGGUAUUGCAAUCGAAGGUCCAGUAUUUAGGAUGAAGACUGAGGCUGAGCUGCAGGAAAUUAUUCCAAAGUUACAGGUGAUGGCACGUUCUUCUCCAAUGGAUAAACAUACGCUAGUGAAACUUUUACGUACUACCUUCCAAGAAGUUGUUGCAGUGACUGGAGACGGUACUAAUGAUGCUCCUGCCCUUCAUGAAGCAGAUAUAGGUCUUGCUAUGGGUAUUGCUGGAACUGAGGUAGCUAAAGAGAGUGCUGACGUCAUAAUUUUAGAUGAUAAUUUCUCAACAAUUGUGACUGUGGCCAAAUGGGGCCGCUCAGUUUAUGUGAAUAUUCAAAAGUUCGUUCAGUUUCAGCUGACCGUAAAUGUGGUUGCCUUGAUUGUCAACUUUUCUUCAGCGUGUUUGACAGGGAGUGCUCCGCUUACUGCUGUUCAGCUUCUAUGGGUCAACAUGAUCAUGGACACACUGGGAGCUCUUGCGCUAGCUACUGAACCUCCUAAUGGUGACUUGAUGAAGCGUACGCCUGUAGGAAGGAAGGGGAACUUCAUUAGCAAUGUCAUGUGGAGGAAUAUUUUGGGGCAAUCUUUUUACCAAUUUGUAGUCAUAUGGUAUCUUCAAACUGCUGGCAAAGCUCUCUUUCAUCUUGAUGGCUCAGAUGCUGAGUUGAUUCUGAACACAGUUAUUUUCAACUCUUUUGUGUUCUGUCAGGUUUUCAAUGAGAUUAGCUCAAGAGAUAUGGAAAAGAUAAAUGUCUUCAAUGGUAUAUUGGACAACUAUGUUUUUGUUGCCGUUCUCAGCUGUACAGCUCUUUUCCAAAUCAUUAUUGUUGAAUUCCUUGGCACCUUUGCAAGCACUUGUCCUCUUACAUGGCACCAGUGGUUUAUAAGUGUUGCAAUUGGAUUCCUGGGAAUGCCGAUUGCUGCUGCCAUCAAGAUGAUCCCAGUAGGAUCAAGCUGAAUUCAAGUUGGAGGAACUAGUAAGUUACAACUUGCUUGAACUUCACCCAAGGGCGUCUGACUCAAAUGUUUGCAAUCUAUCAAUCAAAAUGUCAAAGCUCAGAGACCUGAAGGUUGGAGAGUUAACAUAAAAUUGCAGCAAGAAUUGGCCAAUUCGAUCAAUUUCCAACAGCUUCUUAUAACGUUUGGAAAGAUGGUUCUGAAGAUACUGAACUGUUUGGUGCUCCUUAAAACACCUUAAGGGAAAUUGAAAUUCUAUAUCCAUGACUUGUGAAGUAUAAUUUCUUCUGAACAUGCCAUGGUUGUAAUGACACAUUCAUAUGGUACGCAUCUGGAUGGUUUUGUUUCAUUGCAUCAUCAUAUCAAUAUUUUGGAAACAAUCAUAUUCCAUUUUCCCUUUUUGUUCUC